AUGCCGUCUGCCUCCCCCACGGUGCAGGACUCCCCGCAUGGCAGCUUCAGGCAAGCGGACAUGCGCGGAGCAGGCAUGGGACGCGGGGGGAACAUGGGGGGCAUGGGGGGAAUGGGGAUGCGCGGGCCCGGCAUGCGGGACAUGGGCAUGCGGGGGCCAGGCGCGCGGGAGGGGCCGGGCGUCGUACGCGAUACAGGAAUGAGUGAGCUCGCGCUCCGAUCCAUGGCGAUGCGGGACCCGGGCAUGCGCGACGGGGGCAUGCAUCGCGGCGGGAGAGGCCCCGCGGCGUACGGCGGCGCGUACGGCGGCGCAUAUGGCGGAGGCGCGGGGCCGCGGCGGGAAUGGGGCGCGCAAGAGCAGCGGCGGUGGGGAGCCGGUGGGGGGUACGUCUCGGGAAUACCGGCGUCGGGAAUAGCGCCGUACGACAGUCCCCCCGAGACGACGUAUGUGGAGAUGGAGGACGAUCCGACGGCUCACGACUCGCCGCCGUCGUAUCACAGAGCGGGCGACGUGAAUCCGCACAUCGCGAUGCUGAGACGGCGCCGCGCCAUGUACAGCAGCAGCAGAUCGCACUACGUGUCGGCACUUAUCAAGCAGAAUCUGCCCUACAUAGUCAUCGCGGUUCUGCUCAUUCUUUUACUUAUUCAAAACCGGCGGCAACAACAGCUAGCGACUGUCACGAAUGGGGGGAAUGGCGCAGCAGGUGGGGCGGGCGCGGGAGGGGGAGCCGCAGGGGCAGGGGCUAAGUCGGCAGCGGGAGAGAAAGCGGAAGCAGGGAAGGGGGGCGGGGGGCAAGCGGGGGCGGGGCAAGCGCAGUCAGGGACAGGAGCAGCGAAGAAUCCAGUGGACCCACGGGUUUUGCAGCAGCAAGGGGGCGCGCAGCAGCAGCAGCAGCCGCGAGUAGAAGCUGCAGGCGCGGCAGGAGCAGCGGGCGGGGGACUGAUUGCGGGGGCGGCGGGAGGGGGACUGACGGCGGGGGCAGCGGGAGGGGGACUGACGGCGGGGACAGCGGGAGGGGGGCGGGCAGGGGCGUCAGGAGGAGGUAUUGCAGCCACAACAGGGGGGACAGGCGCAGCGGGGGCCGCAGGCGCAGCAGGAGGGGGAGCGGGGACCACUGCAGGGGCGGCGGGAGCAGCAGCAGCGGGGGGAGAGGCCGACACUUCCGGCCACUUCGACCCGCUAUCCGAUCUGAGUGACACGGAGAAGAGGCGGGAGCUGGUGAAGGCGAUUCUGGAGGACCCGAAUUCGAAGGUGGCAAAGGAGGUGACGCGCAACAACGUGUUCCGCGAGCACAUGCCGACGUUUGGGUUCGUGCAGUUCGCGAGUUACCGCAUGAGCGAGAGCAAGUUCGCCGUGGUGGGGCUGGCGUCCCGCGUGCUCAAGACCUCCCGCGAGCUGGGGCGGUGCCUGUGGAAGGAGAAGCACGGCGGACAUAGAGUCACGGGGCAGCUCGUGGCCUACUACCCUGGCGACGACCACAACAAGCGGUACGAGGCGGUGGUGCUGGUGUGCGAGCUAGAGGAGUCCACCGCGCAGGACUUUGGCGGAAUCCUCGUGGUAACCGUGGACAAGGAGGACAUCGUCUCGUACAUAGAAGACCAGGGCCAGUACCCCUCCGCCAACCCUGCCCCGCCCUACCCCCACCGCCUCACCUACUGCUCGCCGCCGCUCGCCACGAAGCUCAUCCCCAUGCGGGUUUACGAGUGGAUUGAGUACCAUCUGCACGUGGGGGUGGACCGGGUCGUGUUGUACGACGCGGGGGCGUUAGAUCCGGAGAUCAUGGGGCUGAUAGAGGGCUUUGUGGAGGGCGGGUACGUGCAGAUCGUGGACAUGCGGCGCGUGGAGCAGUUUGACAUCUGGGAGUCCGGGCGGCUGCUGGCGAUGAAUGACUGUGUGCACCAGCACGCGUUCACCAGCCAGUGGGUGUUCUUUGCCGAGCUGAGCGAGUACUUCUCGUCGAGGUCCGGGGAGGAUAUGGCGGCGGUGCUGAGCCGGUUUGAGGGGCGGCCGUACGUGUCGUUUGGGAGCCGGUGGUGGUCCCUUGAGAAGUGCGUUCAGGUGGAGGGUGCUGGGGGAGGGGUAGCGGGAGGGGUAGGGAGGGGUACGGGUGGGAGGAGCUUGCUUGGUGUGGCGGGUGGGGGGGGUGGAGGAGGGUCGGCGUUAAGAGCGAUGGGUAAUGGCACGGGAGCUGGUGCAGAUGCAGGUGCUGAUGCUGUUCGCACUGCUGGCACCACUGGUGGUGGUGCUACUGCUGGUGCUGGUGGUGGCGGUGGCGCUGCUACUGCUGGGACGGCAGGCGCUACUGGUGGUGCUGCUGCUGCGGUUGCUGGUACUGGUGGUGGUUCUGUUGGUGCUGCAGGAGGUGGUGGUGGUGGUGGUGGUGUUGGUGCAUCUGGUGGUGGAGCCGGUGCUGCUGGUGGCGGCAUCGGCACAGGCGGUGCUGCUGGCACUGCCGCUGGUGCCACCACUGCCGCUACCACCACCACCAUCACCACCACCACAGCAGCAGCAGCCGCCCAACCACCCCCAGCAGUCUCACCGGUAUGGGCAGUGGAGCGCAUGCGCUUCCACUGGCCGCAGCUGUUCUGCACAAACAAGGACGAGUACCCGCGUGCCGAGAUGUGCCUCGGCGAAUUCGGCUACCGCCGCGUCGCCGUGGACCCGCGGCAGGUCAUGACGGUCCUCGUGCACCGCACCAGCGUGCCGGAGAUGGGCGGCGACGACUUGGACGCUAGUGAGGCGCGGUUUAACCGGUACCCGCUGCUGACGGAGGAGACGAGGAAAGCGUGCCAGCGGGAGGUGCGGGCGGGGGAGGUGGUGGAGUGGUGGGUGCGGGACGCUGAGGUGGCGGAGAUUGCUGAGAAGGCGAGGAAGAGCCCUAAAGGGCGCCCGCGGGUUGGGUCUGAGUUGGCUUCGGCUCGAAGAUGA